AUGAACUCAACAUCACAGAACACAGCUCAAGAGAAACGACGAAGCAACUCAAUGUGGCAGCGUGGUAGAAAAAAGAAAGGCCUGGAAAGCAGCAGGUUUGGCCAUUUGAAUCAAUUUAGGUUCAAGCCAGAUGUGUUACCAUGGAACAAGGAUCUCAAGGUAGCUGAAUCUCCUCCAACUCUUCCACCGAUCACUCGAGUAGAUGAAGAAACUUUGCCCGUCUCCAGGAAGUUUGACUUCAACACCAGUCAGAAGUUACGGCCUACAAGUACAAGCAAGAGAAUAUCAGAGUACAGUGAAAACGUAGUCAUUUCAAUGGAGAAGGAAAAGACACUAUUAAAGAUGGUACACGAGCACGCCAAGAGCUGCAGUAGUAAGGCUCCACCCGAGUUAACCAUUGAACGAAGAAGGGGCCUACUCGUUUUCUUUGCCCUAAACUGCAGAGUUUGCCACGGAAAGCUGCCCGAGUCAUUUGCGAUGACGGAUGAGAUUGAGAGCAGUUCCGGACCAGCUGGUUCUCAACUUAAUGAGCAACUCACCUUGGCCUGUAUGAAGAGCAGUGCUGGCAUACAGGAUCUCCGCCUAGCAGUUUCGGCUCUGAAUGUAACACCACCUAGUCCGUCUACUCUGUACAGGAAGCUGAACAAAAAUUUGGAAAAGGUCAUUAAAAUCAACGAGGAAUCCAUGAAGGAGAACCAAAGACUGUGUCGGCAAGAUGCCCUUGACCUCGGCCAACUGCCAGUGGUCGAAGGACAAACCGAUGCGGCCUUUAACAACCGUUGCCAAUCUGGCUACGAGGCCGCAACUCAAUCUUUUUGCGGACUGAUAGAAGAAAAACAUGGACUCGUAUUAGCAGUAAGCACGGCGAACAAACUAUGCAGGCGACAGAAUUGCAAACACGAUGACUGUUGUAAAACGUACGAUUCCAGCAAGACAAUAUCAUCUUCGGAACGGUCACUUGCGGAGGAAAACCUGAAAAAAGUAACAGAUAAUGGAGUAGUUUUACUCAGCUCCCUCACCAGCGAUGCAAGCAGUCAGCUAGAAAAACUAGUGAAGGACGUGAAUGACAGUCAAAACAAUCCCCAUGCUCCCAGGCUGAAGCAUUUCUAUUGUUUGGUGCACAGAAUGCGGACAUUUCAGAAGGCAUCCAAAGCGCAACUGAAGUUGAAGUCCCUGAAAGAUAGUCAGCAGAAAGGAAAGUUUCUGGCAGCCCUCAGACGCCGCAUAUUCUGGGAGAUUAAAUGGGGCACAACUAAAGGAAGGUCAACCGAAAUCAUUUACAGGGCUGUUGCGAACUCUGUCCAGUGUUUUAGAGGAAAUCACGCACACUGCAGAAAGAAUUCCCUCGUAUGUAAUGGGUGCCCACGAAACGCUCCACGGUAUCUUCCACAUGGAAAAUACGUCGCACUAAGUACCGAAGAAGCUCUGAACGUCCUGGCAGUCAUUAAUAAGUACUUCACCCCAGCACAGUUGGAGACGCUUCACGGCAGCAAGACAACCAACCAGUGCGAAAAUCUUCAUUCAAUGGUUUUUCGCUACGCACCGAAAGGGUCAACGUAUGCUCGAAAUUUCAAAGGACUAAGCCACUCAGCCACCCAUACAAAAACUUUCGGACCUGGGCGUUCUACAAAGCUGAUAGCGAAGCGCCUUAAUCUAAUUGCUGAAAAGAAGACACCGUUCACGAUUCUGCUUGAGCUUAAAGACAAGAAAGCCAACUACGAUGCUUCCCGCCAACUUAGCAAGCGUUACAAGACGAUGCGGUAUGUCAACAAGCGCAGAAAAGUAAACAGAGCAGAAGCAACUGGGUCUGCAUAUCAACAUGGGGAUGUAAACAUUGACACUCUUCACACAUACGCGUUCAGGCCAAGUUAAUUCCUUCACACAGAAUGCUGAACAAGAACAAUGAGAACAAUGAACUAUGAAUCAUGAAAACCGUCUUUUGAAACAAAAAUAUUAUUAUCAAUUAAAAGAUUAAACAGAAAUUAAUGUGUUCUGGUUUUCUCUUACCCACUUAGAAAAGACAUGGCUUGGCGACACCAUGCCCUAUACAGUGCUGUGGACGAGCAUUAUAGCAUAUCUUUCUCUGAUUAUUUACACCUGCAUCUUCGAGAGAGAGAUGGGAAAGAUUGACACAAGUUUUGUGAUGACAAGUGUGACUGACAUGGAGUGACUGGUCAUAAUGUGAAAAGUUGUCUUCAAUGAAAUAAAGGAAACGGUGAACCUUAACCCUAUAUCUUUUGUGAGCAAAAGUGAACCGAAAAACACCGUAACCCAUAGAGGAAGUCUCCCCACCCCAAAGAAGGCAAUCACCUGUUUUAGUUAUUUUAGUCAUCAUUUGUUUUUUUAGUUGUUGUUGGUCACCUUCGGAUAGGGGGAGACAGUAUGCACCAGGACUUUGAGACAUGCUGUAAGCUUUUCACUUGCUACACUGCUUGCCACACUGUUGCUAGUAUUAUUGAAGAAAGAUGACAAAACCUUCAGUUGUUACAUGGUAUACUAGUAAGUCCCAGUAGGCCCAGUAGGCCCAGUAGGCCCUUCGUCCAUUUUCAAAUGUAUAUGCAAACAUUAGCAGGUUUGGAGAACGAGGGCCUACCCAGUUAUUCAACAUGCAAGCCAUACACUUUGAAGCUGGAAAACAAGAGGGAAUUCAGAGGGAAUUCAGAGGGAAUUCGAGUAACAGCACACCUCAGCUGUGGAGGCCUUUUUGGUCCAUGAACUGAGAUGAAAGCAUCUUUAUCCACCCGAAUGCAUUCGAUGAAGUCAAAUGAUGUUCAAAAUGACAUUUAUUAUCAUAUUUUAUGAUUUCACUUUUAUUGGUAUUUUGAUUAAGGUCUCACUAGCCAGUGCAAUGGCCGGGCCUACCUGGCUCCACAAAUGGCGCGACGUCAUUUCAUGCAUACCCCUGUUCAAGUGGCUGUCGACCUUGCAGUAUAUCACUCUCACACAUAAACCUAUACAUUUCUGAAUAGCUUGUCGCUUCUAGAAUACA